AUGGAUGAACCCUCGCAAUUCACGAAAAAGUCAACCUCCAUUUCCAGCUUUACGAGAGACAAGAAGCUCCUGCACCAACCAAACGCCAUCCACGACCAGGAUGAUGGCGAACGCCAGCUUGCGGCACUGGCGGCUCUGAGGGCGACUAUGCACCAUUUUGUCCGGCCCGAGCUCCGCGACGGGCCUUUCUACCUCACGCUCACCGACGUCCAUCAAGGCAACAUUUUUGUCGACGAGGAUUGGAACAUCCAGGCAGUCAUCGACCUCGAGUGGGCCCACUCCCUGCCGGCCGAGAUGCAGCUGCCCCCUUACUGGCUGACGUCGCGGGCCGUCGACGGCUUCCACGACGCAAAGGCUACAGCCGAGUACGAGUCGGCGCUGGACGAGUACCUCGAGAUCUACGAGGCCGAGGAGAUGAGGCGGUUCGGCGAGCUGCGGCAAGGGCCGGUCCAGCGCCACGUGUGGCGGACGGGGGCCUUUUGGUAUUUCGCUGCCGUAUCCGUGCCCAAGGGCAUGUACAACAUCUUCAACCGCCACGUGCAGCCAUUGUUCAACGAGGACCAUGCUGACCAAGGCAUCUUUGACGAGGUGUUCUUUUGGUACUGGGGGUUGGGGGCGCAGAGCGUGAUCGAUGCCAAGCUCAAGGACAAGGAAAGGUAUCUUGAUAGGGUGCGGGAGGUGUUCACAGCGCCGGAUGAUCCCGUAGAGACAGGUACACCAAAGUAA